GUGUGGCGACGCUGGAACGCAAGUGAGGGGCCGAGAUUAUUUCAUACAUGGAUACUCAGACGUGAAGUGGUGGACCGAGAGUCGGGGACAAACAACAACAAAAACAACGCACUCUCGAUUCGCGGGACCUCCGCCGAAUUUACGCACUGUACGCGCUUGGACGUUUCCUCGGAGUGCGCGAUUGUCCGACGCGGAAAAGAUGACAGCCUCUUACAUAAACAGAACCGAAGAAACUCUUCCUCUGGAAUUGAAUGAAGAAUUUUUUGCCACAUUACAUCUUGGUGAACACCAAGGCCACAGAAACAACUAGCUAGAUACCUUGCUACUGCACACAUAGUCUAUGUGUGUGUGGCUAGCUAGCUAUUCGACGCGCAGGAAAGCAGUUGCGUGUUAGCGAUCUAGCUCGCGGCGGAGGCAAAUCUGACGCAAAUAAAUAGCAACUUUUUUCAAAGACAUGGCAUCCUGUAGAAAUCUAAGCGAUUUCUGAGAAGCUAGCUAGCGAGCCAGCUAACUGGCUAGCGAUCGCGACUGAAGUAGUCAAACACGAACUAGCGAGCUACCUAGCUAGUUUCGACAGCUAGGCAGCUAACUUAGACUGGCUGUUAACAAGUUGUAAUACAGACAUCUUACUGGCAAACUAAACCUGAAGUUAAGGCCGAACAAACAACAACUGUUGUAGUCGCUAGGUGUAAUAUCUAUAAAAAUACGAAGAUCUGACGUUCUCAUUCGGAGAAAAAGGAGCAGUCGUGUGUUUUGAUUCAACUGCGACUCCAUUCGCUUUGGGGUGUCGUAUUCGGGUAGCUGAAGCCCUAUUUUGCACAGUACUGGGACUGAUCGACCCACCCACAAGGACUAUCCGGGGCCGAUGCGGACAAUCCAGCCCGGUUCACGGCAACGCGAGGAGCCGCCGCAGCAGCCAUGCAGCCGCAACAAAUAUACGACUUUUCCAGCGACGAAAACAGUCACAAAUGGAGAGGCCUCUUCGUACAAGCGCUGCGAAAGGUGCAGCUCCAGGUCCACCCUCAGCUGUCUGCGAAAGAGGAUGCCCUUCAGCACAUCGAGGAGCUGAUCCUGCAGCUGCUCAACAUGCUGUGUGUGGCCCAGCCGCGCUCCGUGCAGGACGUCGAGGAGCGCGUACAGAAGACCUUUCCCCAUCCUAUUGACAAGUGGGCCAUGGCUGACGCCCAGUCGGCCAUAGAGAAACGCAAGAGGAGGAACCCGCUUCUGCUGCCAGUGGACAAGAUACACCCCCUGCUGAAGGAGGUCCUCGGUUACAAGAUUGACUACCACGUGUCUCUGUACAUCGUGGCCGUACUGGAGUACAUAUCAGCCGAUAUCCUCAAGCUGGCAGGGAACUACGUGGGUAACAUCCGUCACUACGAGAUCAGCCAGCAGGACAUCAAGGUCUCCAUGUGCGCAGACAAGGUGCUGAUGGACAUGUUCGACCAGGACGAGGACAUCGGUUUGGUGUCUCAGUGCGCAGAUGAGCCCUCCACCUCGGGGGAGCUCACCUACGAUGACCUGGUGCGCCUGGAGAUCGCUGAGGAGAGGCAGUACCUGCGGGAGCUCGACCUCAUCAUCAAGGUGUUCCGCCAGGCCUUCCUGUCCAACAGCAAGCUCUUCACAGCCCACGACGUGGAGGUGAUCUUCAGCAACAUCCUGGACAUCCACGAGCUGACGGUGAAGCUGCUGGGGCUGAUUGAGGAUGCGGUGGAGAUGACCGCGGAUGGAAGUCCUCACCCGCUGGUGGGCAGCUGCUUCGAGGACCUGGCAGAGGAGCAGGCCUUUGACCCCUAUGAGACCCUGUCCCAGGACAUCCUCUCCAGGCAGUUCCAUGAGCACUUCAACAACCUGAUGGCCAGACCAGCUGUGGCACUGCACUUCCAGUCGAUUGCCGAGGGCUUCAAGGAGGCUGUCCAAUACGUCCUGCCCCAGCUCAUGAUGGGCCCUGUCUAUCACUGCUUGCACUACUUCGAACUGCUUCAGCAACUGCAGGAGCGCAGCGAGGAUCAGGAUGACCGGGAGUGCCUGAAACAGGCCAUCACAGCCCUGCUCAACUUACAGUGUAGCGUGGAGCGCAUCUACAGCAAGCACCUACCGCGCCGCAAGCCAGGGGAGCCCAUGUACCGCCUGUACAGCCGGCAGGUGCGUAGCAAGCAGCUGGCCAUCAAGCGCAUGAACGAGAUCCAGAAGAGCAUCGACGGCUGGGAGGGCAAGGACAUCGGCCAGUGCUGCAGCGAGUUCAUCCUGGAGGGGGCGCUGGUGCGCGCCGGCGCCAAGCACGAGCGCCACAACUUCCUCUUCGACGGGCUGAUGAUCAGCUGCAAGGCCAACCAGAGCUCGCGGCUGCCGGGCGCGGGCAGCGGCGCCGAGUUCCGCCUCAAGGAGAAGUUCGUGCUGCGCAAGGUGCGCAUCGCCGACCGCGAGGACACGGCCGAGCUGCGGCACGCCUUCGAGGUGCUGGGCAAGGACGAGAACUGCGCCGUCUUCUCCGCCAGGUCGGCUGAGGAGAAGAACGCCUGGAUGGCGGCGCUGGUCACGCUGCAGUACCGCUCCACGCUGGACCGCAUGCUCGACACGGUGCUGCAGCACGAGGAGCAGGCCCAGCCGCUGCGGCUGCCCUCGCCCGAGCUGUACCGCUUCGCCGUGCAGGACUCCGAGGAGAACAUCGUCUUCGAGGACCGGGUCCAGUGCAAGACCGGCAUCCCCAUCAUCAAGGCCGGCACUGUGGUCAAGCUCAUCGAGAGGCUCACCUACCACAUGUAUGCUGAUCCCAACUUUGUACGCACUUUUCUGACCACAUACCGGUCCUUCUGUAAGCCACAAGAGCUGCUGAGCCUGCUGAUUGACAGGAUUGAAAUCCCAGAGCCGGAGCCCACCGAGGCAGACCGACAGGCACUGUGGAACGGAGACCAGCCAAUGGCAGCGGAGCUCCAGAGAUUCCGCCGGGAGUAUGUGCAGCCAGUCCAACUCAGGGUGCUGAACGUGUUCCGUCAGUGGGUGGAGCACCACUUCUAUGACUUUGAGAACGACCCAGAGCUGCGCACCAAACUGGAGGAGUACAUCACCAGUAUCAACCAGCUCCGAGGUAAAUCAAUGAGAAAGUGGGUGGAGUCCAUCAACAAGAUCAUCAAGCGGAAGAUGCAGACACAGGCCAACGGGGUCAGCCACAACAUCACCUUUGAGAGCCCGCCCCCUCCCACAGAGUGGCACAUCAGCCGGCCGGGGCAGGUGGAGACCUUUGACCUCAUGUCCCUCCACCCCAUUGAGAUCGCCCGCCAGCUCACACUGCUCGAGUCUGAGCUCUACAGGGCGGUCAGGCCAUCGGAGCUUGUAGGCAGCGUCUGGACCAAAGAAGACAAGGAGAAGAACUCCCCGAACCUGCUCCGCAUGAUCCGGCACACCACCAACCUCACGCUGUGGUUUGAGAAGUGCAUCGUGGAGGCCGAGAACCUGGAGGAGCGAGUGGCCGUGCUGUCCCGCAUAAUCGAGAUCUUGCAGGUGUUUCAGGAGCUCAACAACUUCAACGGCGUGCUGGAGAUCGUCAGCGCCAUCAACUCUGUGCCGGUGUACAGGCUCGAUCACACCAUCGAGGCUGUCCCAGAGCGGAAGAGGAAGGUCCUGGAGGAAGCCGUGGAGCUCAGCCAGGACCACUUCAAGAAAUAUUUAGCGAAGCUCAAGUCCAUAAACCCACCUUGUGUGCCUUUCUUUGGUAUUUAUCUCACUAACAUCCUGAAGACCGAGGAGGGGAACCCCGACUUCCUCAAGCGCCACGGCAAGGAGCUCAUCAACUUCAGUAAGCGCAGGAAAGUGGCAGAGAUCACAGGAGAGAUCCAGCAAUACCAGAACCAGCCCUACUGCCUGAAGAUCGAGCCCGACAUUAAGAGGUUCUUCGAGAAUUUGAACCCCAUGGGAAGCAUGAGCGAGAAGGAGUUCUCCGACUACCUGUUCAACAAGUCCCUGGAGAUCGAGCCCCGCAACUGCAAGCAGCCCCCAAGAUUCCCCCGGAAGACCAUGUACCCCUUGAAGUCCCCGGGGAUCCGGCCGGUGCGGCACGCCUCUACCUCAGGCACCCUGAAGGGCCACCCUGUCCCCCUGGAGAGGGAGCCCCCACACAAGAUCACCUUCCGCAGCAUCGCCGAGACGGAGCCGGAGAUGGCCGCCUCCGUGCCCACCUCCCCCAACACGCCCACGCCGCCCCAGUCGGCCUCCUCCGACCUCAGCUCUGUCUUCAUGGAGCCGGACCUCAACAGCUCCUACAGUAGCAACAGUAUAUUCGCUCCAGUUCUGCUGCCACCUUCAAAGUUCCACUCCGUCUCCUGUGGGAGUCUGCACCAGCUCGGGGAAGAGCUGCUCAAGCCCCCUCCCCUCCCCCCACGCAGGAAGGACGCCUUCUCUGAAGCCAAGCUGAGCUCCAGGUCUGACAGUCCUCCAGUGGUCCCCCCCCGGCUUCCCCCGCUGGUGCCCAGGAUCCAGCCCAGAGUGCCAGUCUACAACGGCCCGAGCGAGGGUCCUCUCCCCAGCCCGCCGCCCCCACCCCCUCGGGACCCCUUGCCCGACACCCCGCCCCCAGUGCCCCAGCGCCCCCCGGAGAUUUUCAUAAACUACCCCCUGAAUCUGCAGCCUUCACCCGGGGGGCGUUUCCCGUGGGAUUUCGGGAGCUCGCCCAACUCGCCCAACACCCCGCCGGGGACGCCGUCCCCCAGGGUGCCCCGUCGCUGCUGCCCGCUCAGCGCCAGCCAGAACAGCCUCUGCCAGCUCCCGACACCCGCAGCCGCGCCCCCCAUCCCACCCCGCCACAACUCCAGCCCCCAGCUCCCCAAACUCCCACCAAAGACCUACAAGAGGGAGCUGUCACAACCUCCGCCACAAACCCUGCCAUUGGUCAACACGGACAGUAACCAGUGAGUCCCGCCCCCGGUCGA